UUGGAGUUUUCUUAUUUGACUCUUGCUUGAACCACAAAAUGGCGUAGUUUUACUUGAUUAUUUUAUGUGUUAAGAUUCUUUGUUUUUCCUCUCUAACGAGUGAGUAAAGGCUAGAUGUCAAAGAACUUUUAUAUAAACAUAUACUCUUUUUUUUUUUUUUUGACAAACUUAUAUAAACAUAUACUCUAAUUAUUUAUUUUUCAAUGUCGCAUUCUCUUUUUUAAGUCAAAAAGAAAUUCGUCAAGCAAGUCUAAUUAUUAUUUAUUUUUGUUUUUUUGGUCACUUAGAAGAACAUAUAAAUGAUAUAGACAAUAUUGUUGAUAUAAGUGAAAAACAUAGUCUGUGUUGCUUCCUCUCUUACUUUACGAAGGAAUCAUCUGGUUAGUUGUUUCCUUUUCUUAUUGUGUUUUUGGAACUAAAAAAAACGUUUGAAUCUUUCAGGUUUUCUCUGAAGUUAAAAGACAGAAACAAUGUCUCAAAAGGUCGGACCGGUAGGUGGUAUAAACCAUUAGACGAUGGUGUCUUCGAUGGUUUUAAGAAAAUAACUGUUGGAAAAGAUGUUGCGCGCUUUGUAACUUAUAUCAAGAUCGAAUAUGAAAAGGACGGAAAAAUCCAAAUCCGUGAACACGGGACAAUUCGCGGUCGACUAGAAGAGUUUUCAGUGGAUUAUCCGAGUGAAUAUAUCAUGGCCGUUGGUGGAAGGUACGAUGAAAUGUACGCUUUCAUCAAAAUGUUGGUCUUCAAAACCUCUUAUGGAAGAACGUCUCCGGUACUCGGUCAUACGCCGUUGUUUUCGUGUAUUUCACCGGGGAAAGAAUUUAAACUUGAGGGUAAUGGAAGAAAACUUCUUGGUUUCCAUGGACGAUCUAGUGAAGUUCUUGAUUCCAUUGGAGCUCACUUCUCUGUUGUGGAUUCGUCUCUUAAGGACUUUAAACUUCAAGGUGGGAAAGGAGUUUUUGCUUGGGACGAUGGCUCUUUCGAUGGUGUUAGAAAAGUGCUCGUUGGAAGAAAUGGUAAGAAUGUGGGUUAUGUCAGGUUUGAGUAUGCCAAAGGCCAAAGAACCAUACCGCAUGCUCAUGGGAAUAGACAAGAUGCUCCACAAGAGCUUGUGGUGGAUUAUCCCAAUGAACAUAUUACAUCAGUGGAGGGUACAAUAGAUAUUCAAUCAGUGGAGGGAACCAUCGAUGCUUACCUUACGUCCCUUACAUUUAAGACAUCAAAAGGAAGAACCUCCCCUGCUUUUGGGACUGUGGUCGGUAGCGAAUUUGUGUUCGAGGAAACAGGUUUUAAACUUGUUGGGUUUUAUGGUCGGUCUGGUAAUGUUAUUAAUGCUCUUGGUGCAUAUUUUGCACCUCUUCCCGUUCCAGCUCCGGCUCCGGUUCCCAAAAACAGUGUGGCCAAGAUCUACAUUUCAUCUGGUAACGGAGGAAUUGAGCAGAUCAAGUUUGAUACUGUCGAAAACGGAGAGACAAAGGAAGGAAAUUUUCAUGGUGUGAAGGAUAAAAAUUACAUUUCCACGGUUUCCAUAAGCAAUUAUCCUGAUGACUAUCUCGUAUAUGUCGAGAGUUGGUACGAUUCUUCCAAUGUCUUCCAAGGAAUUAAGUUUAAUACCGAAAAGAACACUUCUGAGUCCUUUGGUUAUAAACUUUCUGAGUAUGAUGGUACACCAUUCUCUCUUCGUGUUAAGGAUAAGAAGAUCACUGGCUUUACUAGAUUCGCUGGCUCAAAUCUCAAUUCUCCCGGAACUUACUUUUUACUUAACCAUUCGGCCUUGGCUCCUCCCAACAAAGUCGAAGCACAAGGAGGAAAUGGUGGAGCAACAUUCGACGAUGGUGCUUUUGAUCAUGUAAGAAAGGUUUAUGUUGGUCAAGGCGAUUCCGGUGUAGCUUAUGUCAAAUUCGAAUACGAAAAAGACGGGAAAAGAGAGACACGAGAGCAUGGGAAAAUGACACUGUUAGGAACAGAGGAGUUUGAGGUUGAUCCUGAUGAUUACAUCACAUCAGUUGAAGUUUCUGUAGACAACGUCUUUGGUUAUAAGAGUGAAACCGUCACUGCUCUUGUCUUCAAAACCUUUAAGGGCAAAACCUCACAGCCUUUUGGAAUGGUGACUGAGAAGAUAUUCGAAAUUAAAGACGGUGAGGGAGGCAAACUUGCUGGUUUCCAUGGCAAAGCUAGUGAUGUUCUCUAUGCUCUUGGCGGUUAUUUCGUUCCAACAACAACUUCGACUACUCCAUUGACUCCUUCUACUACUGCUAAGAAGCUACAAGCAAGAGGUGGUAAUGGAGGAGCUUCCUGGGAUGAUGGUGUUUUCGAUGGUGUUAAAAAGAUACUUGUUGGUCAAGGAAACAAUGGUGUAGCUUUUGUCACGUUUGAGUAUAACAAAGGCUCUCAAGUAAUCAUCGGUGAUGGUCAUGGGAAGAAAACAUUACUUGGAACUUAAACGUUUGAGCUUGCUUAUCCAAGUGAGUACAUCACUUCGGUGGAAGGUUACUAUGAUAAAAUCUUCGGAGUUGAAGCUGAAGUGGUAACCAGUCUAACGUUCAAGACUAACAAGAGAACGUCUCAGCCGUUUGGAUUGACUUCUGGGGAACAUUUCGAGCUUAAGGAGGAAGGUUACAAGAUCGUUGGGUUCCAUGGGAAAGCUAGUGAUGUGGUUCAUCAGAUCAGAGUCCAUGUCGUGCCCAUUUUAACCAGUUACAGAAUUACUCUUUAG